CGUCUCCUGCAGGGGCUCCGUCGCAGAGCCAGAUGUACUUGUGCUGGGUCGCGGGCUCCAGGGGUCCCCUGCACCAGCAGGUGGCUGGCACCCAGAGACUGCGGCAGGCGGCCUCCGGGGAGCGCCACUCGCUGCUGCUGCUGAGUGAUGGCACUGUCCACGCCUGGGGUGACAACUCCAAGGGCCAGCUGGGCCAGAGAGGCGAGACACACCGUAAGCAGCCAGGACCGAUUCGGGCAUUGGAAACUCUGAAUGUGGAUCUCCUGAGCUGUGGGAGGGAGCACUCCUUGGCAGUUUGUCACAAAGGAAGGGUCUUCGCGUGGGGAGCUGGUGCCGAAGGACAGCUGGGAAUUGGAGAAUUUAAGGAAAUAAGUUUCAUCCCUAAGAAAGUAAAUGCUUUGGCUGGUAUAAAAAUAAUACAGGUUUCCUGUGGACAUCACCACUCCCUGGCAUUAUCACAAGCAGUGCAGAGCUACAAGCCUCGCUCAAUUGGCGCUCUAAAGAACCUAGGUGUGACUUAUAUCAGCUGUGGCUAUGAGCACACUGCAGUGCUUACCCAGGAUGGUAAGGUGUUUACAUUUGGAGACAAUAGCUUUGGACAAUUGGGUCACAACUGCACAGCUGAGAAGAGAGGCCCACAACCUGUGGAAGGAAUUGAUGGCCUCGUUUCACAGAUAGACUGUGGAUGCUACCACACCAUUGCAUAUGUCUACACCACUUGUCGAGUGCUAUCUUUCGGCCAUGGACCAAGUCACACAAGCAGCUCAGCUCGUCCGGACGCCCUGACAAAUAACUUCCAUGUCAGCUGCCUGAUUUCUGCUGAUGAACUUGCAAAUGCUCACAUCAAACACAUUUUUGCUGGGACAUAUGCCAACUUUGUAACACUGUAUCAGGAUACUGCUUCCCCGAGUGUUUCCAGGAAACUCCUGCCAGAAAUCAUCCGCAUUCACCCGCCCCUGGCAGAAAAAUGGAUAACCGUGGAAAGAGGAAGCAGUCAAUAUGAAGUGGCUAAGAGUGAAAUCAAAAAGAUAUUUUCAUCUCCUGCUUGUCUGACUGCAAGUUUCUUAAAGAAACGAGGAACUGAACAAAGAGUUUCCACUGGCGUGGACUUAAAGAUGGCAAGAAAAACCUUCAACAAAUUAGUAAAAGAAGAAUGGAUUUCUUUCCUGAUGAUAACAUGUCUCAGAGAUGACCUGCUAAGGAAUCUUCCAGUGCGUUCUCCACACCAAGAAGCAUUAGAAGUUUUCCUCCUGCUCCCAGAAUGCCUUGCGAUGCAGGAUUCUUACAACUGGAAGAGCCUGGUGGUUCUAUUUGCAGAGGCUAUGUGUGAAAUGAGCGACAAGUCUUUAGGCGUCCUGAAGAAAUGUUGGGCAUCUUUGCAUGAAUCUUCUCUGAAUACAUUAGUCCAGAUGCUUAAAAAGACCAUCAUCUCUCAAUUGGAUUGUUGGACUGAAACCAGGCACGGCGAUGCUAAAGUUCUUCUAAGAGUGAUGAAAGAAGUGUAUAAGGUCAACAAAGCUAAUUCCCGACUGCCUGAAAAUGCUUUCCACAUAGAUGAACUCUCCACUCUUCUCAACUUUCCUUGGGACAGAAGAAAACUUUACUUACGGAAUGCAGGGCUGGUACCAGAAGAAAGUGGCAGAGCAGUUAUUUUCAGUGAAUUUCCAUUUGUAUUUAAUUUUGUCUCUAAAAUGAAAUUACUGGAAGCUGAUUCAUUUCUUAAAAUGCAAGGGCUAGAAAACAUAGCAUACCAGAAUCGGAUGCAAAUGAUUUUACAAAGAAGCAAUGAGUUUCCUUCACCGCCCAAAUUUAAACUUAGAGUCAGACGGGAUCACAUGGUUGAGGAUACUCUUCGACAAUUAAGAAAAGCUGAAGACUUGGACCUUAACAAAUCCUUAGUGGUUGAAUUUAUGGAAGAGAUUGUUUCUGUGGGCCAAGGAGUCAAGUCGGAGUUCUUCCUCUGUGUGUUUGAAGAGAUGAUCCAGCCAGCUUAUGGAAUGUUUGUGUAUCCUGAAGACGGCUCCUGCAUGUGGUUUCCGGUCGAACCUGAAAUUGAAAAGGACAGAUAUUUCCUCUUUGGCAUAUUGUGCGGCCUCUCCUUAUUCAAUUUAAAUGUUGCCUACCUUCCUUUUCCACUGGCUCUGUUUAAGAAACUUUUGGGCCAAAUGCCAACUCUGGAAGAUUUAAAAGAACUAAGUCCCGUUUUGGGGAAGAGUUUGCAAGAGGUCCUCCAUGAUGAAGCUGACGACAUUGCAGAAGAACUCUGCCUACAUUUUUCCAUAUAUUGGGACAAAAAACAUGUUGAUUUAAUUCCAAAUGGGAUUUCUACAGCCGUGGACCAAACCAACAAGAAGGACUAUGUGUCUAAGCAUGUUGAUUACAUCUUUAACACCUCCAUAAAGGACGUAUAUGCGGAAUUCCAGAGAGGAUUUUACAGAGUUUGUGACAAGGAAAUAAUUCAGUUUUUCCAGCCUGAAGAACUAAGGUCAGCCGUCACUGGAAAUACUGAUUUUGACUGGGAGGAAUUUGAAGAUAAUGCGAGGUAUCAACAAGGGUACCACAAAUCACAUCCUACUAUUGUCAUGUUCUGGAAAGCUUUCCACAAACUAACAUUGGACGAGAAGAGAAAAUUCCUCUUUUUUCUUACAGGAAAUGAUAGGCUGCCUGCAAAAGGCAUAAAGAAGUCUGGGAUAGUAUUUCGUUGUCCUGAAGGUCUCAGUGAAAAUGAUUGCCCAACAUCGUUGACAUGUUAUAACAUCCUGAACCUCCCCAAAUACACUACAAUGAAAAAAGUGGAGGAAGCGCUUAAAGUGACCAUCUGUAACUGCCGAGGGUUUGCCUCACCCAGACUCACACGCCGAUAAUGACCUCUGCAUGUCUCCGUGGGGCCGUCCAUUCUCAGGCCUCUCUCCCUUGGAUUCUUCUGUUCUUCCAUCCAUGUAACAAAUACACCUGGUUGAUACAUCUUAGUUAGAAUUAAUUGGCAAGUGUUGGAACAGACCAUAAGUUAUGA